UGCUCCACCCCCUUUCCUACAGUAUAAAUACUACAGAUUGUUUUCAUGGAUUCACCCCUGGACUCAGAAAGAGAACUCAUGUUCUCACCUACUAGGAAAAGUCAAAGAGAAAUUUCUUGAAGAAAAAGGGCAAUGGACCUGAUUCCAAACUUUGCCAUAGAAACAUUGACACUGCUGGCUACCAUCCUGAUGCUCUUGUACCUUUAUGGGACCUCUUCUCAUGGACUGUUUAAGAAGCUGGGGAUUCCUGGACCCAAACCUCUGCCUUUUGUUGGGACAAUGCUUAACUACAGGAGGGGCAUAUCGUUAUAUGAUAUAGAAUGCCAAAAACAGUAUGGAGAUAUGUGGGGGUUGUUUAAUGGGCUGCUCCCUGUGCUGGUUAUCACAGAACCAGAUAUGAUUAAGAAUGUGCUAGUGAAAGAAUUUUAUUCUAUCUUCACAAAUAGACAUCUUUUUGGUCCACUUGGAUUUAUGAAAAAAAGUAUAACAACUUCUGAGAAUGAAGAAUGGAAAAGAAUCCGAUCAUUGCUGACACCAGCCUUUAGCAGUGGAAAACUAAAGGAGAUGUUCCACAUCAUCCAAGAAUAUGGAGAUGCGCUGGUGAAAAACAUGAGUCGGGAAGUAGAGAAGGGCAAGAGUGUUACCAUGAACAACUUCUUUGGGGCCUACACCAUGGAUGUGAUCACUGGUACUUUAUUUGGAGUGAAGGUGGAUUCCCUCAACAACCCCCAGGAUCCCUUUGUGAAAAACACCAGAAAGCUUUUUAUAUUUGACUAUUUUAAUCCAUUGGCUUUCUCUACAGCACUGUUUCCAUUCCUUUCCAGAAUAUAUAACAAAGUAAACAUCUGCAUCUUUCCAAGUGAUGCUACAUCAUUUUUUAAAAAAUUUAUAGAAAAGACCAAAAAAGAUCGGCUUGAAAAUACCCAAGAGCACCGAGUGGAUUUUCUUCAGCUGAUGAUGAACUCCCAGAAUUCCAAAGACAUGGAAUCCUAUAAACCUCUUUCUGAUCUGGAGAUCCUGGCCCAAUCAAUCACAUUUAUUUUUGCUGGCUAUGAGACAACAAGCACUGCUCUUUCCUUUAUUACAUAUUUACUGGCAAUUUACCCCAAUGUUCAGAAGAAACUCCAGCAUGAGAUUGAUGCAGUCCUGCCCAAUAAGGCACCUGCCACUUAUGAAGCCCUGGUAAAGAUGGAAUACCUGGACAUGGUGGUGAAUGAAACUAUGAGAUUAUAUCCAGUUGCUACCAGGGUUAACAGACUCAGUAAGAAAGAUGCUGAAAUCAAUGGUGUGUUCAUUCCAAAAGGGACAGUGGUGGUCAUACCUGUCUUUGUUCUUCACCGAGAUCCAAAAUACUGGCCAGAUCCUGAGGAGUUCCGUCCUGAAAGGUUCAACAAGGAGAAUAAAGAUAGAAUCAAUCCUUAUACAUACCUGCCUUUUGGAUAUGGUCUUAGAAACUGCAUUGGCAUGAGGUUUGCUCUCAUCAACAUGAAGCUUGCAAUUGUCAAAAUUUUGCAGAACUUUUUCCUGAGUCCUUGUGAAGAAACAGAGGUUCCCUUGAAAUUAGGUAAGAAAAUGACUCAUACUCCAGAAAAGCCUAUUGUCCUGAAGAUUAUAUCAAGAAAUUGAGCCAUAAAUGAAGGUUGAUUUUAUCUCAAGUACUGUUAUGUUCUUCAAAGUGUGCAUUCUAAGUACAUGGAUUUUAAUUUACUCCUGAAGAAAAUCUACAUUAAUAUGUAUUUAAUCAUGACAGAGUCAUCAAUUAUUUUUCAUUGUCUUGAUAGGGUCUCAAUUAUUGUGUAUGGAAGGAAAAUAUUAUUUAAAAAUCUUUAUGUUCUCUCAUAUCAAAAUUUGCCCAUUGUCCCAGAGAUAGAACAAUAUGUUUCAUUUCAAUGCCAAUAAAAGAUUGUCGUCAAUUUUGUCAAUA